GGAUUUGUGGGUCCACACCCUGGCGCUUUAAGACAGCUCUCGAGCUCGUCUGAAGCACCGCAGUCCCACUGUGACCUACACCUCCAACCCACCUGCUCAUAGGACCACCAUUCUCAACAACCCCCUUUGCUCAGAAAGACGACAAUGCCUCUGGGUCUGGGACGAAGGAAGAAGGCGUCCCCCCUGGUGGAAAAUGAGGAAGCUGAGCCCAUCCGCGCCGGUCUCACCGUAGACGGUUUGGAUGGAGGUGGUGUUGUAGGCUUAGGAGAAGGUGCUGGCUCGGAGGGUUUACCCCCGCCACCAAGCAGCAUGCGGCCGCGUCUCAUCUUCCACACUCAGCUGGCGCCCGGCAGCCCCACUGGACGCAUCGAGGGCUUCAGCAACGUGCGGGAGCUUUACACAAAGAUCGGCGAAGCUUUUGGGAUCCCACCUGCUGAGGUCAUGUUUUGCACAUUGAACACUCACAAGGUGGACAUGGACAAACUGUUGGGAGGACAGAUUGGCUUAGAGGACUUUAUCUUUGCCCACAUUAAAGGCCAAAAAAAAGAAAUUGAAGUGUUCAAAGGGGAGGAUGCACUCGGUUUGACCAUCACUGACAAUGGAGCCGGUUAUGCUUUCAUCAAGAGAAUCCGCGAGGGCAGCAUCAUCCACCAGAUCCAGGUGAUCAACGUUGGUGACAUGAUCGAGUCUAUCAACGGCCAUCGCCUAAUUGGUUGUCGACACUACGAGGUUGCCAAGAUGCUCAAGGAACUGCCCAAGGGCAAGAACUUCACCAUAAAGCUGGUCGAGCCGCUCAAAGCUUUCGAUAUGAUCAGCCAGAGGUCUGGAGGCUCCAGGUCAUCGUCGGGGGUCCAGCUGGGCACCGGGAGGGGAACCUUGCGGCUGCGCUCCAAGGGUCCCGCUACUGUCGAGGAAGUGCCCUCCGCUUUUGAGGAAAAAGCCAUUGAGAAGGUCGAUGACCUACUGGAAAGCUACAUGGGCAUCAGAGACAGCGAGCUGGCGGCCACCAUGGUGGAGCUGGGAAAGGACAAAAAGAACCCUGAUGAGUUUGCCGAGGCUCUCGACGAGACGCUGGGAGACUUUGCCUUCCCGGACGAGUUUGUGUUUGACGUUUGGGGAGCCAUUGGCGACGCUAAGGUUGGACGGGUGUGAGUGGCGCGUGACUUGACAGAACCCAACAGACUUGUAUGUGUGUGCAUGGUCACUACUUGGAAACUCUACACAAAAGGUUUUUUUUUUUUUGCUUUAUUUUUUAAAAUUCUCUAUACUGUAUACUCCUGCUGUUUAUUUUGUCAUUGGAAGAGACUUUCAUGGCAAAUAUUCUCACUCAGUGGUGAAAUGCAAGCGAUUAAGUGCAUUUUUAUUUUAUUAUUUUUUUUUUAGCUCAUCCCCUUGUAGUUGCCACCUACGAAGGCGUUUCGGGGCCACCCUGGAAAGUUAAAACAAGUCAACAAAAAAAAAAACUAUUAAAAUUGUAAAAUUUUGAGGGUAGUCAACUUAAAAAAAAAAAAUAAUAAUAAUUGUUCACGAUGUGCCAUAUGUGCCAAACUACUGCUUGUAGCGAUGUACACUACUGCCAUUCCUCGGGCUCCUUUCACAAUUUUUUGAGAAAAAAAACACAUGAACGCAACAAUGAGGGACAGACCGCCCUAGUCCAAGCUUGAAGUCCCAUCUGAAGAACACAAAAGCAAAGUAAGGCAACAUCAAGCUUUUCAGUGUGGUCCAAGCAUUCCUUGGCAGGUAUGAAAAUGUGUGUGCAAGCAUGGAGACGAGAGCGUGCGUGCGGCACAAAUGACAAAUACAGGGGGGAGAAAUCUUUUUCCCUUUCAGGUGGUAAUUUCAGUACUUCAAGGGCCCAACAUGUCUUCAUAUUUUUUUGGGUGGGCGU